UUGUUUUGUGCAACAACAGCUGACAAUAACCAUGCUGACCGAGAAGACCACGUUGACAAUGACUGCUUUGGUCCUGACAACGGCCAUGGGCUUCCCUGUGGUGGUGGACCAGUCAGGAGGAGAGGACAGAAGUACGGGGUGGACGUACGAGGACAACCACGUGCAGAAGAGACCGUGCACAGAGGCGAGCCCUUCUUGCGCCAGCCAACUGCCAGUGAUGACGGAGUCUGGAAACAGUCUUUACCAUCGAAUAACUCACACCAACAAGACGAGGGAAGGCGUGGAAGGCGUGAAGAAGAACGUGUUCACGUCUCGCGGCUGGGGGCCAGGGGGGAUGCCCUUCAGCGUGCUGUACCUGAGCCGCAAGGCCCGCGUCCACCGCCCCCCGGCGCCCCCCCAGCUGCCGGGCGAGGCCGUGCCGCAGCCCCUGGCGCUCACCGCGGUGGCGGCCCCGCACGCCGGCUACGACACGUUCGGCGCUCGCAGGCACUACUCCAUCAUCCCGCAGCUCUUCGUGUCGUACGGCUGGGGCCCCAUCGGGAAGUAACCGCCCCCCCCCCCUCCUCCUCCUUUUUCCUCUUUGUGCCCCCAUUGUGGCAGGGUCCACUCAGUAGCACUAAAUAUAUCCUGUACACUUUCUGCUCUCAAGUACUUCAACAACUACCAACAAUAUACUGUGCAUGUGUGUAAGUCAUCUGUUUAACCUUAUAUUAAAAAUUAACUUUUAUCCCGCAAUUGCUUGUCUGUUUUAUUUACACACGAACUCUCGUUAAAAAGGCUUGCCUGUAGUUGUUAGGGACCAGAAAAAUUAGCAUUUUCCUAUACGUGCUAAUUUACACCUUAAUUGAU